UUCCAUAAAGUCAAACUUUCUUUUCCUUGUUCAAAUAAUACAACUGACUUUUCCACCCUGCAGUCUGCACCUUCAAGUAAAAGUCUUUUUUCCAUCUCUCUGUUUUAAUUUAUAUAUAAACUCAAAAUAUAUAACUCCCUUAGGUUCAUUACAUCCCCUUCUCCAUCCGACUAAAAAACAGAGGGAACGAAAUUUUACAUUGAAUUGCAGUAUAUGAGCCAUGUUUAGCUUUACAAGUCAAGAUGGGCUCGUCUCUCUUCCAAAUAUUCAUCUCCUCAUCCUCCUGUUCGUAUUAUUAUGUCCGAUGAUUCCAAGUGCGGCGGCACAGCCAUCAGAUUCUUCUUCUGGACCGGACAAUCGGUUUCGGUACCCAACUGUCAGCCCAGCAAUGGCUGCUAUCAUAGUGGUUCUCAUAGCUGCCCUGUUUUUUAUUGCUUUUUUCUCAAUUUACAUCCGCAACCGUAGCGCCGCUAACGGUAACAGCAUCCGUCAAACACUUUCCAUGCGCCGCCGUCGUGCUGCUGCUGCUACACGUGGACUCGAUAAUUUGGUCAUAGAGACUUUCCCCACUUUUACCUACGCCGAAGUAAAGGAUCAUCAUAUCGGUAAAGGAGCUUUGGAAUGUGCUGUAUGUUUGAACGAAUUUGAAGAUGACGAAACGCUGCGUUUGAUCCCUAAGUGUGAUCACGUUUUCCACCCUGAAUGUAUCGAUGCUUGGCUCAAAUCUCAUGUCACUUGCCCGGUUUGUCGAGCUGACCUUAGUACUCCUCAACCUGAUGAACCGCCGGUUCAAGCCCCUGAGGUACUAGAUCGCGAUCAAGCCCAAGAACAACAAGGGACAGAGAAUUUGCAGCAAAAUAACGAGGUUUCAAUACAAAUAGAGAGUGAUGAAAAUUGUAUGCUACAGCAAGAGGAGACCUCUACUGGAAAACCGAAAGCUAAUCGAACUUUAAGUUUCAAUGUGCCGAACCGGCCGCCGAGGUCUUUUUCUAUAAAGAGGCCAAGGAUGUUUAACAAGUUCAGGUCACAUUCGACCGGCCACUCGCUAGUGGUACCGGGGGAGAAUUUGGACCGGUACACUCUCAGAUUACCGGAGAAUGUUAGAAAAGAGGUAAUGAACCGGGCACUACUGAACCGGACAAAGAGUUGUGCAGUCACUAUACCAAGAUAUGGUAGCACUAGAACAGGGUACAAAACCGGAACCGGAGAGGGAAGCAAUAUUGGUGCGAGGUCAUUCAGGAGAAUUGACCGGUUCGAUCAGGAAGGAAAGUCAGACCGGUGGGUUUUCAAGAUUGCACCACCGUUCUUUAGUAGAGGUCUAUCGAUUAAGUCACCAAAAGUAAGGCCAGAUAUCGAAGAGGGGUCGACAUCGCGCAGUGUGAAGAUGGCAGUCAAAAUGCCGUCGUUCAAAUGCUUAGAGCCAAAAGGUGAUGAACCCGGUUUGCUGACAGAUGACUCGGCUCGGCCUCCGGCCCGAUGAUGAACCCGGUUUAUAUAAGAUCCUAAAAUCGGCACCUUUUUAAUGCUUGACUUCAAUAGCGUGGCGGAAAGGGCAAUCUUUUGGUGGGCUGUGUAAAUGAGGAGAAAGAGUGGUCAAUGCUAGUUUGGCACCCCAACUUGGAAACUUCUGGCAUAGACUUUAUUGCAAAGUAUAAUGCUAAAAAGUUGAAAUUCAAGAAUAUCGCUUUCUAGAAAUUCAUUUAAAUGUUGAUUAAAUUAUUAUUUUAGAAGCAAAUAAUGUUCAACUUAAGGGGGUUUUCAGGGUUUAUCUAGUAGGUGGUUUUAGUAAUUAAGACACCGUCAUGAUGUAAUUAUGUUUGAUUUCAUUCUUCGAUGCAUUUUUGAGAAUAGAAAAUCUGAAAGGAAAUAGACUUGUUGAUACUUAUUUUA